UUGAUGCCUCUUCGUCCGUGUCUCUUUUGCAAAACCUUGCCCACCCGAAUAGUGAAAAUCACAGUAGCUCAGCAGCAGCUAUGGUUGCCAGAGGUCGUGGAGGCGGUGGUGGAUUUAGGGGUGGCCGAGGAGAUGGAGGGAGAGGUGGAAGAGGAGGCCGAGGAGGCCCCGGCGGAGGUAGAGGUGGUGGUAGUGCCAUGAAGCGCGGCGGCGGAAGAGGCGGCGGAAGAGGUGGAGGAAGGGGACGUGGAGGAAUGAAGGGCGGUAGUAAGGUUGUGGUGGAGCCUCAUAGGCAUGAGGGAGUGUUCAUUGCUAAGGGUAAAGAGGAUGCUCUUGUCACUAAGAAUAUGGUCCCUGGUGAAUCUGUCUACAACGAGAAGAGAAUUGCUGUUCAGAAUGAAGAUGGAACCAAGGUUGAGUACAGGGUUUGGAAUCCUUUCCGUUCCAAAUUGGCAGCUGCUAUUCUUGGAGGUGUUGAUGAAAUUUGGAUUAAACCAGGUGCGCGUGUUCUUUAUCUUGGAGCUGCUUCAGGGACAACAGUCUCUCAUGUUUCUGACAUUGUUGGCCCUACUGGGGUUGUCUAUGCUGUGGAGUUUUCUCACAGAAGUGGUAGAGAUUUGGUUAACAUGGCAAAAAAGCGUACUAAUGUUAUACCCAUCAUUGAAGAUGCCAGACACCCUGCAAAAUACAGGAUGUUGGUUGGCAUGGUUGAUGUGAUAUUUUCUGAUGUUGCUCAACCUGAUCAGGCAAGGAUUUUAGCACUGAAUGCCUCCUACUUCUUGAAAUCGGAAGGACACUUUGUUAUUUCCAUCAAGGCAAACUGUAUCGAUUCAACUGUACCUGCCGAAGCAGUAUUUGCACAGGAGGUUAAGAAGCUACAAGCCGAGCAAUUCAAGCCGAGCGAGCAGGUCACGCUCGAACCGUUUGAGAGAGACCAUGCUUGUGUUGUUGGGGGUUACAGGAUGCCCAAGAAGCAAAAACCCGGUGCAUAGAUGUGUUGUCUUUCCAGCUUUAUUAGAGCCUGAUUGAGUUGCAUUUCAGUGUUGUAUUGCAAUUGUAAUUUUGGUCAUAGCUACUAUUCUCAUUCUUCUUUCCUUUAUCAGUUUAAUGUUGUUAAGUUGGUCAAAAAUUGCCCAUAUAGUACUUGGCAUUCACUUGUACCUUCAAAGAAUUAUAUUACUCUCUUUUGGUCUUACAAUUAUUAAAUCAUUUUCAAUUUAA